AUGGACCCUUUUGAUGGUUCCCGGUCGCCAUCUCCUCCCAAUAUGGAGCCUGCGAGUGAUGAUGAUCAACCCACUUGGAGAUUAUUCUUCGAUCCGGAAGAUGCCAACGAUAUGGACAACGAUGAGGAGUACGACCCUGAUUUCCAAGAUGAACCGGACGAAGAAGAUGACGAUGACGAUGAAUAUCAUGAUGCCGAUGACGGUGGCGACGGCAAUGUAGAGGUUGAAGUGUUCAUGGGCGCAGGCGAAGACGAUGACGAAGAUGAGGAUGAGGGAGCCGAUGCAUCCGACAACACGAUCUCGAGAAUUAUGGCUCUUAUAACUGGUGCGGGCAAUGGAACAGGAUUCUUAACGAGGGCACAGUUGCUCGGCUUGAUCCAGAGUGGCGAAGUUACGCUGCGCAGUACUCUCGACGAUGAAGACGACGAUGAUGAUAUGGGUUGGGGCAGGCGAAGGAGGCGGCCCCGCAGAGAGCCGGCCAAAUUUCCCAAAGUACCGAGCGACGAAGGCACUAAGUUGAUGCACUCUGGUGUAUUUGGCGCAAACGAGUACCGCGUGACAAAGAAGAAGCAACUGGCGCGAAGGAUACUAGAUCGCGAGCUGGGACUGGGCACCCGACGGGAUAGGCAACAAAACCAAGAUCUUAUGGCCCAGGGCAUGAUACCAUCAACCAAGCCCGAGAUGAUCGUACAUUAUGACGACCCUGUCUACUCUGGUCAAUUCUCUGACGACGGCAACUUUUUCUAUGCAUGCGGUCACGACUUCAAGGUCCGCAUGUACGACACAUCGAAUCCAUACAACUGGAAGUACUAUAAAACAGUCAACUACCCAUGGGGCCAGUGGACAUUGACAGAUGCGUCUUUGAGCCCUGACAAUCGUUGGCUCGCUUAUACAUCGAUUCAAAGCAAUGUGUGCCUUGCACCUACAGACCCGAAUGAUACAGGAGACCCGUACACACUCGACCUUGCUCAGGGGAGUACAGGGCAGAGGAACGCAGGGUGGCGUUCAAGGCAUUCGUUUGGUAUUUGGUCCGUCAGGUUCUCAGGCGAUGGCCGAGAGCUUGUGGCAGGUACCAACAGCCAAUCGAUUGUUGUUUACGACAUUGAGUCGCGAACCGUACUUCACAAUGUUGUUGGCCAUACGGAUGAUGUAAACGCCGUCUGCUUUGCGGACAAAUCAUCUCCCCAUAUUCUUUAUUCUGGCUCGGACGACGCCACCAUCAAGGUCUGGGACCGACGCAGCAUGGGAGACCAACGGCCGGCCGGUGCCUUUGUGGGCCAUGUCGAGGGGCUUACGUAUAUCGAUAGUAAGGGCGACGGCCGGUAUAUCUUGAGUAACGGCAAGGAUCAGACCAUGAAGCUAUGGGACCUUCGCAUGGUCAUGUCCAUGUCCAAGUACGAAGAGCUCAACCCCCAGCGAGUUACCAUGAAUAGCGACUUCGACUAUAGGUGGGGGACUUACAGGGACGAGGACUGGUUCCCUCAUCCAAAUGACAACUCCCUCGUCACAUUUAGGGGGCACCGGGUGAUGCGCACACUGAUCCGUUGCCAUUUUUCGCCGCCGUCCAGCACCAAUUCCCGAUAUGUUUACUCAGGCAGUCAAGAUGGCAAGGUUUAUAUUUGGAAUUUAGAUGCGACAUUGGCAGGCACCAUUGAUGUGAGGAAGGCGACUAAAAACUCACGACCUCUCGAACGCAGGUAUCGCAUCUACCACGGCGACGACUUUCCGGGCUGGAACACAUGCGUGCGCGAUGUGAGCUGGCAUCCAAAUGCCCCAGUACUCGUCGCGUCCGCAUGGAACGGCUUCAAUAUGGCCCAUGGAACUUGCACGUUGCAUUCGUAUAAUGAAGCCGAGGAAGACGAGGCGGAGCCAAAAAUGGGCCGCAACGUCGACGAGAAGCUAAUCACUGUCGGCGAGACGUUCCGCAUGUAA